GCGGUGCGUGAGGUGGCGACACUGACUCAGUCAACCAAGGGAGGGGGAAGGCAUCGUUUGUAUUCUAUCUUCGAAUUCGCGUCUAUAUAUCACACAAGAUGUCGGUCGGCAAGAUAAUUUUAAAAUCAACAACACGGAUGUCCCUGAACGACCGAUUCACGGUGCUGCGACAGGAGAAGCCAACGGGACAAGGACAGUCAGUAGCGGGGCUAGAAGAGAGGCGGCAGCAGGCCCAAGCAUCAAGAAAGAACCAGCGUUUGGCAGCUCAGAUGGAACGCCGCCCAGCAGUUGUAGCAGCAUUGAAGCUGAAAAAGAAGAGUGUGGAGCAGCGCCUCAAUGGACAGAGACCCUUGUCUGUGAAACAAAGGCUAGCCGUGAAAGGACGUCUGAGCAUUCCUGAAGAGGGUGGCAACAUCCAGGUUAGGGGACGAGGUGGCCUUCGAGGCGCAAGAGGUGCAAGUUACAGAGGACUCCGAGGAGCUGGCUUCAGAGGUGGCAGAGGUGCUCUUGGUAUCAGAGGACGUGGUGGCACUAUUGGAAGUGCCCGAGGCGGUUUGCGUGGUGCUCGUGGGGGAAGGUUCUUACGUGGCCGCGGCACCCGUGGUCUAAUGCAGGGACGUGGUACAGGAAGAGGAGCUGUGCGUGGCAGAGGCUUCAUACAGAACCAAGGACGGGGAGAAAUGAAAACAUUCAGGGGCCGUGGUCGUGGAGGUCGCAUGGGUCGUGGAGGGCGUGGAGUAAGAGGUGGACGAGGUGGGGCUGCUGCCAAAGCUAACGGAACAGGGAACUGCACCCGUGAAGAGCUUGACCAGCAGCUGGAUGAGUACAUGAGCAAGACUAAGACUGCCCUGGAUUCAGAACUUGACCAGUACAUGAAAGAUGCUCCAGUCUAAGCCCAAAAUGAACAUCUCUUCAUGUUUUGCCAAAUAUAAGUCAUCUGUGCUCAUAAUACAGUAAUAUUUUCACCCCAUAGGCAGAUAACAAUAAAAAGGAUUUUUUCAUACAUCAAAGAUGGAAUCUAGUCUUGGUGAUAGCUUUCUUUUGUAAUAAAACAGAUGACUUGCAGAAGCAGCUGAAGAUAUGUACUUAUUUUAUGUUUAUUAACAUGAUUUAUCUGUGUGUCAAGGUUCUGAGUUUUCCAUAUUAUCCAUGAUGUGAUAAACUGUAGUUGAUAAAGAUAUUUAGUCCGUUCAUGUGAUUCCUGUCUAGAAAUGAAGUACUUGUUCAGUAAUGGACCAAGAAACAUGAUAUGGAAUUCAUCCAGCAGUCAAGGCUUCAAUGGUUUAUUUUUUCAAAUGGGAAUUUGCAAAACUUGUUUAAUAGUACCAAGUGUUUAAGUAUGUAUCUGUAAUAUGUAAAUGAAAUCCUGAAGUUAACAAAUAUUAAAGUUUGUCCAUGUUACUGCCAAAGGACUAUUAGUCAUUUAUUUUAUUAUUAUUGUAUAUAUAUAUAUAUAUAUAUAUAUAUAUAUAUAUAUAUAUAUAUAUAUAUAUGUAUAUAUAUAUAUAUAUAUAUAUAUAUAUAUGAUAAUAAUAGAAUGGUAAAUAAAUCAUAUACCCACAGCCAACUCAAUAAGUAAAAAAGUUCAGGUAUGAAGUUAAUUUUAUAUUUUAUCUUAUGUUUAAAAGUAAGAGGUUAAGUGCUCUUUGUGCCUCACUUACAUACUUAGUUGUAUCUUACUUUAUAUAGUUUUAUGUAGAGUUUCAAUUAAAUAGAUUUUGAUCAAGAAUGAGAAAUGAAUUGUAUUGCAGAAUAUAGUGUAGCUGUAUGAGGAAAGUUGCUGAGGCUACAUAUUGGUAACUAAUGAAAAAUAUUUUACUUUUAAAUGCCCUCUUGGAAGUGGCCGCUAAGAAAUUCAUAUCCUGGAUUAAUUACCCAAACACUGAGUGAGAUUAGGUAUACCACUGAAUACAUGGAGUAUCAGGCUUUGGUGUUAGAUGACUAAAUUACAGGAUAUUGUAUGGUAUGGUUUAAGUGCACUUUAUUUUUUUCUGUUACCCUUAUCAAGGUGUUUUAUACAGUUUUUCUACUGUAAAAAAAAAAAAAAAAUCUUAUCGGUCUCCACAUAUUUGAGUUUGUUGUAUACAGUGAUCAAAUAGAAUGCAUGUUUAUUUUAAGUAUUGUCAUUUCAACCAUUUGCUUACUUUUCAGUAAUGCAAAGGAAGUUCAUACCAGGCAAGUGUGAAUGUGAAAACUUAGUUAUAUUCUCAUUUUUGUAUGUGUGGUCAUAACAUAAGGAUUUUACUCCAUGUUGGUGAAGCAAAUGUCUUGUCACCAUCAUUGGAAUGCAUUGUACAAAUGAAUAUUUGUGUAUGAGAGUUCAGAACUAUAUUUAUAGAAAUUAGAAGUUAGCACUUUGUAUCAGGAUAGUUGUUCCUUGUAUCAUCUUUAUACUUAUAAUGAAAACUAUUUGAAGUGAUGGUACAUUGUAUCAUUAAAUUCCCUCAAUCCAUAA